AACACCUCAAUUUUUUUAACAAUUCAUAAAUUUCAUUUAAUUUUUUAAUCGAUAGUAGAACAAAUUUCUUAGUAAACAUGGGUAGGUCCGAUACAUAUUUUUACCCCACAUCGAGCGAGGAAUAUGAGAGUGACGCUCCGCAAACCGAUAGAGGAUGUGACAUGGGAGGCAGGAAGCGUAAGGCCACACCGCGCGUAAAGACACAGCGAGCAUCCGCAAAGCACAAGCCAAUGUCUGUGGAAAAAAGAAAAAGGUUUGUGAAGCUAAAAAGUCCUGCGAGGGCCAAGGCGACGACCUGUGCGAAGCCAAAGAAGGCGGCUUGUGCGAAGCCAAAGAAGGCGGCUUGUGCGAAGCCAAAGAAGGCGGCUGCAAAGCCCAAGAAGGCGGCUUGUGCAAAGCCAAAGAAGGCGGCUGCAAAGCCCAAGAAGGCGGCUUGUGCAAAGCCCAAGAAGAAGUGACCUAUUCCUAUAGGAUCCUAAUCAACAUAUCCUGUUUUGUAGCGUAGAGGGUUAACAAAAUUCAGACAGUUAAAACCCGACUUGGAUCUACUCAUCCCUAUUCCCUUUUCAAAACUCACCUUCUCAUCGUACCAAGCGCGUAGGGCAACU